CUUAACCCACUUGAAUUAUUGGUCUCUCGAAUAGUUUUUAAGUUACAGUUCAACUGUACGGAUGUAAAUUCUUGUGAUGUUCAAGAACUAAUAAAUAAAAAAGAGAGAUAAAGAGAAAUGAAUUUUGAGGAGCAAGAAGAAGAAAUGGAGAUGUCGGGUGUUCAUCCCUCUGGGGGUUACGACUCUCUAAGCGGUGAGGGAGCCACGUCCAGCGGCGGUGUCGGAGGAGGAAGAAGAAGAACAAGCGUUGGAGAGAAGACAAGGUAUAGAGAGUGCCUGAAGAAUCAUGCCGUUAAUAUCGCUGGCCACGCCGUGGACGGCUGCUGCGAGUUCAUGCCUACCGGUGAAGAUGGUUCGCUCGACGCUCUUAAGUGUGCCGCUUGUGGCUGCCACCGCAACUUCCACCGUAAGGAAACCGAAAUGAUCAGCGGCAGGGCCCACGUAGUUCCGACGUACUACAACCGCCCGCCUCAGCUGCCGCCGCCAGGAUACAGGCAACUGGCUGCCUCGGCGGACGAGGAGGAUACGUCUAACCCGAACAGCAGCGGUGGAACCAAGGCUAAGAGGUUUAGAACGAAAUUCACGGCGGAGCAGAAGGAGAAGAUGUUUGCAUUAGCGGAGAGGUUAGGGUGGCGGAUGCAGAAGCACGAUGACGUGGCGGUUGAGCAGUUCUGUGCGGAGACUGGUGUUAGGAGACAAGUGCUUAAAAUCUGGAUGCAUAACAACAAGAACUCUCUUGAAUUUCAUUAAUCCUAAACGGGCAAGGAGACGAAGUUAUGAUGGUUCCUCAACCAAAAGAAAGAAAUAUAGAAGACAAAACAGCCUGCUUCAGAAAAAACCCAGUAGAGAAAAAGAAGCAGGAAGAAAUAAACAAGAAAGAACACCACUCGAAUAGGAGGGUUUGAAUGAUAAUGCCCAACGCGACGAUGAAAGACGCAAAGUAGAAACCUAAGCUUCUGCUGCAAUCGCUUGUUGGAGCCAUCGGGGACCAGCACGAGCUACAUAAGAUUGGUGUUGCGAACCAGUGAUGACACUAUCUCCUAUCUUCAGAGCAAUAGAGUUCCUUACAGGCACUUCGUAAUCAAGACUCCAAGAGUUCAUUUGUUGUAGCCUCGAGAUGAUGUCAACUGGAUAUUCUUGUAUAAGGUUUUUAUUAGGGAUAUUACAUCUCACAUC